AGUUUAACGCUGUGGUGUACGCUCCGUAAUUAAAAAUUUCAUAAUGCCUUUAGAAAGAAAAAUGAAUAUGAAAAUCGCAGUGUUGGUUCUGCUUCAUGUCGCCACAUUAGCUUUCGCUGUGUUUGCAUUGUACGAAGUGCUGGAAAAAUCGAGCAUAGCGAUUCAGCAAAUAAGUGGCAUUGAAAAAGACUUGGACAGGUUGGUAAAUUCGCGACCAAUCACUGAUAAACCGCAAAGUUUAAGUGAGGACACGGGAAAGAAAUCGAAAGUACGAAAGUUGAUAAAUCGGUACAAACAUACCUGCUCAUCUGCCGUAUCCCUACAUGAUACAAUGGAAGUUAUUCGAUCCAUGAUUUCGAACGGAAAAAUUCAGCAUUCCCGUGAAUUAACUGACUUUCGAAGACCUCGCGCUUACGUCAUUUUGGAUUCAGAUCAACACAUUCGCUACGGAAAAGUAAACUGGACGGUGCAAACCGCAACGAAAAGUUACUUGUGUAAAGGCGUCCAACUCAAAGAAGGAGUUCGCAUAAAAAUCCCCCUGACUGGGUUCUAUUACGUCUACAGUCAACUAGUGUUUUCACAUAAAAGCAAUGGUUUACACCGUCACGUUACGAAGUGGAAAAGUGCUUUUAUUCACGAGUCAUACACCCGGCAAGAACAAACUAUUAUGGAGAAUAAUUAUUACCCAACAAAUGAGAAAGGAACUCAAAGUUCUUUCCAUGGUACAGUUAUUGAGUUAAGGGCGGGCGAAGAAAUAUGGGUUCAUGUGCAAAUGGAUCCGGGCAGUUUACUAAAAAGGGAACACGACACAUCCAAUUUCUUUGGAGUUCAUAUGGUUUCUUAAAGUAUAUAAGUUAAGUGGACAAGAAUAACUGUUCGGUAAAAAGUAAUGGAAGUUUGAGCUUGAGCUUUUCGUAAGCAGUAUAGCAUUUAACCGGUAACCAUGAGGUUUUUGGUUCAGUUGAUACGCCGCUGUCAUACAGUAGGGUGGGGGAAGAUGGGACACCUUUAGCACAUAAUAUCAAAAUAUCCUGAUCGUGUUUAAACAAUUAACAACGGUCUAAGGAAGUCGCGAGGUUAGGGUUUUAUAAUUAUUUAAAUGUUCCAUGUUUAAUACUAAGUUGAACGAGAAAAUAGAACGAAAAUAUGUCCCAUCUUCCCCCACCCUACUAUAUAUGCCAAAAAAUCGCCACUAUCACAUACGAGGUUUACUAAUUAUGUAGAUAUCACCUAUGCACUUAUAUUAAGUUUCUAUUAAACAUGUUCAUUGCAAAUAGUUUUGUAACCACUGUUUUAUAAUAAAAAAUAAAAGGAAAACAGCAUCA